AUGCAGACGCCACACUCAGAUCUCUAUGAACAAAGCACCACGGGGGUGUUGGAGACGGGCCCACCGCCUUGCAGCGAUAUAGCCGACUUCUUUGCCCCAGAUGUUUUCCAAGCUGUCUUGAGUAAUCCCACCACUGCUGUCCGGCUCAGAUCUUUCUGCGAAUCCCAUGCCUGUGGCGAGAACAUUGUCUUCUUAGAGAAGUGUCACGUUCUCUACAAUGCGGGAUACAGGAUUGCGGAUAAUGCAAUACUGUAUGCUUCCGAUGGCUUUAUAGAUGUCACAGGCUACAGUCGCCGCGACAUCAUCCCACGUAAUUGUCGCUUUCUGCAGGGCGCGAAAACCGACCGUUCGUCCGUAAUCCAUCUGAAGUCUGCUAUCGAAAAUGGCCAGGAGAGCGUUCAGCUACUUCUCAAUUAUCGCAAGGACGGCACUCCGUUUUGGAACCUUUUGUACGUCAGUCCCCUUUAUGAUGAGGCAGGAAACAUAGUCUUCUUUCUCGGUGGUCAGAUCGACUGUUCGACAACUAUUCAUGGCAAACCCGACGUGAUGAAAAUCCUUGAGCUAGAUGACAGAAAAACUUCCCAGGCACACCGCGGCGAAUUGGCAGUGACAGACACGUCAAACUCCACUACCACAUCACCAAGAGAACAAUUGAAAAGGCAUCGUUACAUGUUCAAGUCAAUGCCGUGCGUGCCGACAGAAGUUAGACAAGGACCGGGCAUGGAGAAUGAUCUAGUCGGAUGGCUUGGGGGUUUGAGCCUCGAGUCACAGAUGCAGACGUUCCAGACGGCAUAUUCCAAGGUUGCUUUCUACCCUCACACACACACGCGCAAUUCCAAUUCUCUGACAUGUGUGUAUAGUNACGUUGUGCUCAAGAUGAAAGACCGUGCAGGCUUGAGUAUUGCGCAUUACUCGACUUCUGCGGGCGAUUUGUUACGCCCAAGUCGGACUCAAGGAACGACUGAACGGAUCCUGAACGAAGACAUCUUCAAAGUUCUUGCCGAACGCUCACCCUCCACCUCAUCUGCCAUGAAAUCCUACAAGAAGGCGGUAACAGAUUUCCUAGCUCAAGGAAAAGCGGUGAGCGUGGACAUCGAGGUGGUAAUCGAGGCAAAGUCUCAGAGCGUGGUGCCGACAUGGCCUGCAGGCAAGACAGGAAAACGGUUAACCAGUCACUGGACACCUUGUAAGGACGAAGAAAGCCGGACGAAGUAUGUUGUACUUAUUCUUACAGAGAGAAGAGACUUGUAG